AUGCAGAUUUUUGUCAAGACCCUUACGGGCAAGACCAUUACGCUCGAAGUGGAAUCGGCGGAUAGUAUUGACACUGUCAAGCAGAAAAUUCAGGACAAGGAAGGAAUCCCCCCGGACCAGCAACGUCUGAUCUUUGCUGGUAAGCAGCUGGAGGAUGGCCGUACGUUAGCGGACUACAACAUUCAAAAGGAGUCAACCUUGCACUUGGUGCUACGUCUUCGUGGUGGAGGCAAGAAGCGCAAGAAAAAAACCUACACGAAGCCUAAGAAGAUCAAACACAAACACCGUAAGGUCAAACUUGCUGUGCUUAAGUACUACAAGGUGGACGACAAUGGCAAGAUCCAGCGUUUGAAGAAGGAGUGCCCGGCGCCUCAGUGCGGUGCCGGUGUCUUUAUGGCUACUCACUUUGACCGCCACUACUGCGGCAAGUGCCACGUGACUUACCAGUUCCAGGGCGAGGAUAGUGCGUAG